AGGCCUCCUAGGGCCGCCCAUCUUUCCUUUCGGCGCUCGCUUGGGGAGAGAGUCGAGCCCUGUGGUAGGCCUGCCGCUUUGCGGGCGGCGUCAGUCGGUCCCGAACGCGGCUGCAAGGCCCAGGUUUCGUCCCGGGCCUGCCUUAGCGACAGGCUUGCAGCUCCGCGCUCCAGCGCGGGUGGGCGGCGAGGCUUUGAGUAGGGGUCCCAGGCUGUCCAGGUGGCGGCGGUCGUUGCCACUCGAUUCUUGGCGCCUUCCCCUUCUCCUGUGUCUGGCAUCAUUAGCUCCUUAGUGGUCUUACCUAUUUAACCACCGAAUAUGCAGAUGCCUACGAUAAAGUUGCAGAGUUCUGAUGGAGAGAUAUUUGAAGUUGAUGUAGAAAUUGCCAAACAAUCUGUGACCAUCAAGACCAUGCUGGAAGAUUUGGGAAUGGAUGAUGAGGGAGAUGAUGAUCCUGUUCCUUUACCAAAUGUUAAUGCAGCAAUUCUAAAAAAGGUCAUUCAGUGGUGCACCCACCACAAGGAUGACCCUCCUCCUCCUGAGGAUGAUGAGAACAAAGAAAAGAGGACAGAUGAUAUUCCUGUUUGGGACCAAGAAUUCCUGAAAGUUGACCAAGGAACACUUUUUGAACUUAUUCUGGCUGCAAACUACUUAGACAUCAAAGGUUUGCUUGAUGUCACAUGCAAGACUGUGGCCAAUAUGAUUAAGGGGAAAACUCCUGAGGAGAUUCGUAAAACCUUCAAUAUAAAAAAUGACUUUACUGAAGAGGAGGAAGCCCAGGUAGGUAGCACACAGCCUAUCUUCAAUUACUUUGUAAAAAGAAACUGGAACCCAAUAAUACCAAGACAAGAAAAAAAGCGCAUCAUAAAGUCUUAGAUUAGUGCUGCAUUU